AUGAUGCAGAGGGACUAUCCAGAUUUGCUCAGUAUGGCUCUCAGUAAAAAGGAACGGCCAGGAGGGUGCGCCCAAGGCAGGAAAGGAGUCCUUAGUCUACGCCUGCGCACUCGACCUCGCUUCCCGCCCUCAACUCUCCGCCACACACAAUAUGGCGGCAGGGAGGCCGGCGCCUCUACCCUUGGCACUUUUCCCCGGGUCGCCAUGCUGGUGAGGGCGAGCGCAGCGCUGCGGAGGGGCCUCCCUCGCAGGUUGCGCUUCGGAAGCGAAGGGAGGAGGCUGAGCGGCGGGCGAGGCGAGGAAGCGACCGCCGGCUGCUUUCCGCUCAACCGCGCGCUGCUCCGUUUUCAAGGCCCGGAGGCGGUGACCUUCCUCCAGGGCUUGCUGACCAAUGACGUGACGCGUUUGGCGGCGGCGGCGGCGGGGGGCGGGGCUGCGGACGCGCCUCGCGCGAUCUACGCGCAUGCCCUCAACGUACAGGGGAGGUGCCUCUAUGACGUCAUUCUGUACAGAAUUCACGAAAACCAGCAAGAAGAGCCUCACAUCCUGUUGGAGUGUGAUGCCGGCGUCUUGGAGUCCCUUCAAAAGCAUUUGAAACUCUAUAAAAUCCGGAGGAAAGUCAACAUCGCCCCCUGCCUUGACCUCUCCUUGUGGGCUGUCAUUCCGAAGGAACUGUCUCAAGAGGGGGCCUGUAAACUCCAACAGUGUGCCGGCAAAGCAGUGGUUGCAACGCCUGACCCCAGAGUGGGUGCUAUGGGUUGGAGGCUGAUAACUAGCAAAGGCACAGAACCGCUGGAGGUUCUUCCGGGAUGCCAGAUUGGGAACGUUCAGGAUUAUCAUAGGCACAGGUAUAAACAAGGUGUCCCAGAAGGAAUUAAAGACCUCCCUUCUGGAAUAGCCCUCCCUUUGGAAUCCAACUUGACUUACAUGAAUGGCAUCAGUUUUACCAAAGGCUGUUAUAUCGGCCAGGAGUUAACAGCUAGGACCCAUCAUAUGGGUGUCAUCCGCAAACGCCUCGUGCCCAUACAACUUUCAACUCCCAUGUCUUCCGAGAGCAUCCCCGAGGGAGCUGAAAUUGUAUUAGAAUCAGGGAAGCCGGCUGGAAAGUACCGUGCCGGAGUAGAUGAACUUGGAAUGGCAUUACUGCGAUUGGCUAACAUAAACGAACCGCUGCGUCUAAAAAUAUCAGGAGAUUUGCACGUGAGAGUCACUGCCUCCAUCCCAAAAUGGUGGCCCAAGCCUGCCGAUUAGUAGAGGAGCUUUGUGCUGAGAAUCCUCUGCUUUGUGUCUUGAAGAUGCUCAAAGAGCUUACUUAAAGUUCAUCCAGAAUGACAGUGUCUCCUUUUCACGAUGGAUCAGUUCAUCUUACACAACAUAAUUUGUUUCAGUGUGGCUUGUAACUGGCCAGUUACACUCAUUUUUUACAUUGGUCAGCAAGGAAGACUAAAGUAUGCUUGCAUUGGCUCUAUUAGGUUUCCUAUUAGGACUAUAUAUUUUUUUCUAAAUUAGCCAAAUAACCUUCACUUUUAUCCAUGCCUUCCUUCCAGAAAAGUUCAGCACAACACGUGAAAGUGGAACUGAGUUCUUAAAACCCUAGGCCACUUUUUUACACACACACACACACACACAAAGUUUCUGUUAAGGUUCUUCAUGUUACAAAGCAAACGGAUAAACAGGGAAUGUUGCUAAAACCUCGAUUCACAUGUUAGCCUCCUAAAGUAGUACCACAUUUACGGAAGCCUCUGUCUACUUGUACUGGCUUCCGGUUGCAACAGCCAGUGUACAGAUUUGCACAUGGAGAGUGUAUUUCAAAGCUGUGCCUUGCUCCAGCUCCAAGCAAGCUAAGAAUCCCUGCUCUUGGUUGUGAUUCACCCUCAGAAUAGUCUCAACUUCCUAGUCAAAAGAAAAAGACAUAAUUGAACAGCUCUUUGGGUUUGGAAGAGGUCUGAGUAGGGGAAGUUGCUGAUGGAAAAAAAAGUGUGUGCAGUAUGAUUAAUAGUGAUUUAUUAAAUUAGAGUGAUGAGAAGUGUGCUGUAGCUACGGAGAGAUUUCUGUUUGGUGCCAUUACUACUUUGGGCAACACUGGAUUGUUUCCAAUCACCAACCUUUGAGUAGACCUAUUAAAGUGAAUGGACAUGAUUAACUUGGGUCCAUUAAUCUCAAUGGGUCUGCUAUAGGCAUAACUAAUGUUGGAUACAACCCAGUGAUUCUACAGAACUGCACAGCAGCUUUUGGGGUGUGAUAAAAGUAUUUGUUACAUUUUUUAAUAUUGAUAAAUUAUAAUAAUCUAUGACAUAAGGAAUUAUAUUAAUCUAUGACAUACGGAAUAAUAUUAAACAGAAUAACUGUUGCCACCGUGAAAAUCCCAACAGUGAAGCACUGUGUAAUUUUCUUCUGCAAACAUGUUUCUGUUUAUCACUAGGGUUGCAAAUACUUUUAAAUUCAAAUUUAUUGACUGCUAGUUUAUUCUCCGCAGCCCAUUGCUGCUGUUAAUCAGAGGAAACAAAGGUUGCUUGAGGUUUAAAUUUCCAGAAUUCUAAUUGCAGCUCAUAAAAGCCUACCAAAAUUGUGGAUUUGCUUUUCAAAAUACGUAAUAAGUUCAAAGAUGUUGAAUCAGAGUCCUAUUGCAUAAUUUUCCUUUUUGAUUAGUUAGGAGGGGGAAAGGAUUUAAACCAUUUAAGGAAAAAUUCAAGUUAAGAUCUAGAAUUGCAUAGAAACACUUCCACUUUUAUGCUUGUGCAACACCCUUCAUGCACAAGUUAUGUGGCGGUGUGUUGUUCCAUAGAGGUGCAUGCAACCAUGGAAACUUCUGGGGCGGUGGAUGUGUAUUCACUAGUUCUCACAGGAGCCAAUGAAUGUGACAUCAAGUACAAAGAAGCCUCCAGGUGACUGUAAAAAGGUAAAGGUAAAGGGACCCCUGACCAUUAGGUCCAGUCGUGACCGACUCUGGGGUUGCGCGCUCAUCUCGCAUUAUUGGCCGAGGGAGCCGGCGUAUAGCUUCCAGGUCAUGUGGCCAGCAUGACAAAGCCGCUUCUGGCAAACCAGAGCAGCACAUGGAAACGCCGUUUACCUUCCCGCUGUAGCGGUUCCUAUUUAUCUACUUGCAUUUUGACGUGCUUUCGAACUGCUAGGUUGACAGGAGCUGGGACCAAGCAACGGGAGCUCACCCCGUCACAGGGAUUCGAACCGCCGACCUUCUGAUCAGCAAGCCCUAGGCUCAGUGGUUUAACCACAGCGCCACCUGGGUCCCUUGUGACAUCAAGUACAAAGAAGCCUCCAGGUGACUGUAGUAGCUAGCAUUUGACAGUUGCUGCAGCUACUUGAAACAGCUUCAUCAAAUAGUAGGUGUAGAAGAGGCAGUUUGCUUCUCUUCCAACAGUCCCAGAAGUAAGAAAAUUAGUCCUCUCGGGGAAACCAUAAACAGGAGGAAUUCCAUUGGAGCAGCUCAUACGGUGUAGCAAAAAAAAUCUUGCACCUUUAAGAAAGAAACAUGUUUAUUGUGGCAUGAGCUUUCUGUGAGCAAGAGGCCGCGAAAGUUUGUCCCACUGUUGUAAGCCAAAAAUGACUUUCUCCUGAGUUUAUGCCAGCCCAGAAGCUUGAGGACUUCAGAGUCCAAUAUUUAUUGCAAAGCAAUAGUCGAAACAAAAUAAAAAAAAUUCCUUCCAGGAGCACCUUAGAGACCAACUAAUUUUGUUAUUGGUAUGAGCUUUCGUGUGCAUGCACACUUCUUUAGAUACCAAAGCUCAUUGUGCAUUGCAUGUAUACGAAAGCUCAUACCAAUGACAAACUUAGUUGGUCUCUAAGGUGCUACUGUAAGGAUUUUUUUAUUAUUUUGUUUCGACUACGUCAGACAACAUGGCUACCUACUUGCAAAGCAAUAGGUUACAGUUGAAUCGUUCUGCAAAACUGCAACCACGCCCAAUGGUUCAGGUAAUGGUAUUUAUAAAGUUUCAAACAAAGGAUUCCAAUUUUCACCAAUCAUGUACAUCAUUACCUCAUUUUAUGUUUAAUACACAUGCGCAAUAAGCACUGGCAAUUUUGCUGAUUCGGUGCGGUUUCUCACUGUGAUCUGUUACAUUGUGUUAGUAUGCAUGUUGGGAACCUGUGUUACCGGUACGUGUAGCCUUUUGCACCAUAUAGCAAUUUAUGUUCCUGCUUUGAGCUGCAUCUUUGUGAUUAACAUAUUAGCUGUAAAGUGGUAUCUCAGGUUACAGACACCUCGGGUUAGACGCUUCAGGUUAGACUCUGCUAAUCCAGAAAUAGUACCUCAGGUUAAGAACUUAACCUCCGGAUGAGAUCAGAAAUUGCGCAGCGGCAGCAGGAGGCCCCAUUAGUUAAAGUGGUGCUUCAGGUUAAGAACAGUUUCAGGUUAAGAAUGGACCUCCAGAACGAAUUAAGUUCUUAACCCGAGGUACCAACUGUAUUCUUGCCCCAAUGGGGGGGGGGGGCGCACCUGUUUUGGACAGGUGCUGAAAAAACUGCAGUGAGGGCAACCUACUUGAUCUCAAUAGGCAGGGAGUUCCAAAGUGUAGGCUCUGCCACAUUAAACAACUGAGUCAAUACAAAAGCUAGAAAGUUUAUUUUUUAAAAAAAGAAUAGGAAUCUCCGGAUUAUGGUUCAUGAGGGAGUCUGCAAGCUCUGUGAACACCAAUGAUAAUAUGAUUGAUAUAUUUAUAUGUGCACAAAUGUCUUACAAUUUAAAUUUUUUAAUUUUUCAUUAAUUUCUCUGCUCUGCCCCCCCAAAACUCCAAAUGGUGUUUUGACUUAAAAGUAUCACAUGCAAACAAGCCUUGUGUUAUUUCAAUUUCUACUUUUGGAAGUUUUCUUCCUCAGCAUCCCUUUCUCCAUCUUAACAUCCCACAAAAUACAGUAACAACAACCCUGGUCGUUUCCCUAUUCUAUUUAUUUGUUUUCCAUUUUGAUUUGGUUUCAAUUUGAAAUAGAAAGGGCAGGUGGAAUAAGGUAAGAUAAUUAUUAUUAUUUAUUUAUACCUCGCUCCCCCCUCCCUGAGCAGGACCCAGGAGGGCAUACAUAUAAAAAUAAGAACAGCGAAAACAUUUUUUAAAAAAAUUAAAAAACCCACCA